AUGAUGGUGUUAGUUGUGUUGCUGUUAGUGCUAUUGCCUCAAGCAGUGAGCAAGUUUCCAGGUGCUGAAUGUAGUAUCAGUGAUCCUCUUCCUAUUCUUUACAAGUAUUAUCAGUUAGGAGAUCUCAACAUUGCUGGCAUUACUUCUCAGAACUUCGUGUUUUUAAGUUCGAUAAAUUUUGAAAAACCUCCCUGUCCUGAGCUGUUUGAUGACACCAUGGUACUGACCCAGCUCUACCAGCAUAUCCUGGCCUUGGCAUUUGCUGUGAAGGAGGUCAAUGAAAAUCCACAGAUUCUACCCAAUGUCACUUUGGGCUUCCAGAUCUAUAAUAGCCAGUUCAGUGCAAGCUCAACCUAUCAAGCUUCAAUGGAACUUCUUUCUACUCAGGAAAGAUUCAUCCCAAACUACAAGUGUGGCAUUCACAACAAUCCAGUAGUAGUCAUUGGGGGCCCUAAUUAUAAUGUUUUUCUCCAUAUGACAGCCAUCUUGAGCAACUACAAGAUGCCACAGCUGGCUUAUGGCUCUGCUCCAGUGCUGGAAAAUGAAAAAGAAGGUGCUUUCAUCACACAGAUGUUCCCAAAUGGGAUCCACCAGUACAUGGGGAUUCUCCAGUUACUGCUUCAUUUCAGGUGGACAUGGAUUGGGGUGGUUUAUCUGGAUGAUGACAAUGGAGACAGGUUUGUGCAGAAAGUGCUUCCCAUCUUUUCUCAAAGAGGCAUUUGCUUUGACUUCAUAGAAAGAUUACCCAAACAAGGAUCUUCCAGUGCUAAUAAUCUAAUUGUGGAGAAGGGGAUUAAUAUGAUAAAGAAAAUCAUGACACACACUGCCAAUGUGGUGAUUGUGCAUGGUGAAAUUCAGACCAUGCUAGUUUUGAGAACAUUGUUCCAGUAUUUGAAAUUCAGCAAUGAACCAAAGAAGGCAAAACUCCUGAUCAUGACAGCUCAGAUGGAUUUCACAUCAUUUCCUCUUCAAAGACUUUGGGAUGUAGACUUCAUCCACGGUGCUCUAUCUUUUGCAGUUCACUCGAAAGAGGUGGUAGGAUUCCAGGAAUUUAUUCAGAUCAGAAACCCUAUUUCAGAAAAAGAAGACAAAUUUAUGAGAGUCUUCUGGGAACACACCUUUGACUGUCUUCUCCCUGUCUCGAUGGUAGAUAUGAUGGACAAGGAAUUCUGCACAGGGGAGGAGAAGCUGGAAUCUCUUCCUGGGUCUAUUUUUGAAAUGAGCAUGACAGCCCAUAGCUACAACAUCUACAAUGCUGUCUAUGCUGUGGUCCAUGCACUGCAAACCAUGCAUCCAUCCAACUCCAAACAGAGAACAAUUGCAGGAGGACAGGGAAAGAAGCUCCUCAGUCAAGUGCCCUCACAGACUAUUUCUUUGGAAAUAGCUAAGCACAUCAACAUAUCUUGCCAUCUGAUAUAUUUGUGA